AUGGACCAGCGCAGUGUCCCGUAUGGUAUGCCGGGUGACAUUCCCCAGCACCAGCAGCAUACGAUGCAGCCAGGAAUGCAGCAGCAUUAUAAUUUGCAGGAUAUGAUGUUCGACCCUUUGCCCAUGAGCAAUAGCAUGUACCAUCAGCCCUCAGCCGUUGGCGGCCACAUGAUGCACCAACAACACCCAGAGACCCGUGCGGGAGGUAUGCAGAAUCUAGGCGGACUUAUGGUUCAGCACGGAGUGGACGACCUGGACGACCUCAUGAACACGCUAGGAGAUUCCGUGGGAUUCCAGCAGCAACAGCAUCUCGGUCAGAUGCCUAACCAUGUUUACGACCAGCAGCUCAUGCCACAGCAUCCGCAGGCAUCUAGUCUACAAUCGGGACGGACCCAAGGAAUUCCCAUAACAAGUCAAGCACCGCCUAUGCAGCAGAAUGGCAUGCGUGGCUCCAUGCACAUGAAUCAGAUGUCUCCCAAUGGCGUCGGAGUUGGUGGACGUAUGGGCGUCGGUAUUCACCAGCAACCCAAUAUGGGCACGCCGGUAGUGUCGUCUAACCUUGGAGGUCUCGGUAUCAGUAUUCCAGCGCCUGUUUCUGCUGUGCCCCGACAGGCUGCUGUCGCUCCUAGUGCAAUUGUCCCCACUUCGACGACGUCCAAAUCUUCAAACAGCAGCUCACGUGCGUUGGCGACGUCGAGCAAUAAUGACGGGAGCAGUGACGAGGACGGCAUGGGGGAGGACGACGCUCAGAAAAAGAAGGAGCGCCGUCGACAGCAGGUUCGUUACGCAUCACGUCGCCGGCGCAAAAAGCAGAAGGACGAGGAGAGUUUCUUGCGCGACCGUAUUGCAGAAUUGAAGGAACAAAUUCGUAUCAUCGGUGGUGAUCUGACGGAGCAGUGCUCUCAGAUGGCCGGUAUGAGCGAGCAGGCGUUGACGGAGGCGUACGAGAAGCAGAUGGCGACAGUGCAGACUUUGCGCAAGGACAACAACAAGUUGAAAGAGCAGUUGCUACAGCACGAGAACUUUGCUCGCAUGAUCCAAUACGGUCUGAAUGCGUUGCCGAGCGACUGCCGUGACGUGGACCGCAAGAAGAUCGCUGGUGUUCCGAUGUGGAUCAGCGACCAGAUGAACCCUCUGAAGGGUCCGACACUGGUGGUAGACCUGAAUUUGUGUCACGAGGCUGUGCGUCACGCGUACAAUGAGCUGAAGACGUUCGGUCCGUCUGUAAACUCGAAGACGAAUGUGUGUUAUGCGAUGGGAUGGAAGACGGAAUUGUGGGCUGCGAGCACGUGUCUGAACUUCCGAGCUGUUCGUUCGAUUAGUGACAAGAAUAUCCGUGAGGUUGCUGAUGCGUCGUGGGAGAUCAUCACGUCUCCAGAGAAAUGCAAACGUAUUUACCCGGACGUGAAGCAGCUUCGCAUUUUGCAGAAGGUGACUGACGAUAUUGUGGUGGUGCAUCGCAUCGCCUCCGUUGCAUCUGACAUGUCGGAUCGAGAGUUCAUCUCGGUGGCGUUCCGACUGCGUGAUGGUGAUGACUACUACAUUGGACUAAAAUCCAUUUCCGUCCAGACCGAGGCUGCUGAGAACUGCACUCGUGGCGAGGAAUGCCAAGGAUGGAUGUUUAUCGGUGGCGAGAACGAGGCGUCUCAGUGGAAGGCGCACUUCCUUGGCUACUAUGAUGUCAAGGGUGAGAAGGACGACAAGGUGCUGAACCAGUUGGCGAACGAGGCGAUGUUUGGUAUGCUGCGAUGGGAAAGCGAGGCUAUGCAUCCAACGAGUGUGUGA